AUGCCGUGGGGCGCCCGCCUGUGGCUGUGCGCGGCCGUGCUGGGCUGCCUGGCGGCGGCGAAGCCCCUCCGGAGAGGUCUUGAAUGCCAUCCUGGUGGACAUCAGAUCCUGCAGAGCCCUUACCGAAGUGUUAAUUUUGAUUCAUCCCACCUCCAGCAGUCAGCUAUUCAGGAUUUAAUAUGUGACCAUUCCCUAGCACCAGGAUGGUAUCGCUUUAUGAUUUUUGAUAAGCCUGCUGAGAUGCCAACCAAAUGUGUGGAGAUGAAUCACUGUGGUACUCAAGCCCCUGUCUGGUUGUCUCUGAAGGAGUCAGAAUCCAUGCCUCGACCUGGUGAGAUCAAGCAGCUCACAGCCUGUGCAACAUGGAAAUUUUUCUUCAGCAUGUCCAAAGACUGCUGCCUUUUUCGAAUCCCUGUCAGUGUGAGGAACUGUGGAGAUUUCUUUGUUUACUUACUACAACCCACACAAGGAUGCAUGGGUUAUUGUGCAGAAGGUGAGGUGGCUCCUUCAACGUCUCCAUCUGUGUCACCACCACUACCAGCCAUUCCUGAGGUUGCAGCAGAGUUGAUCAAAGGGAGUAUUUACCUAAGAUGUACCUUUGGCAUUCCUUUUGCAAACAGCUCAGUUGGAUUCAUUGUGACUUGGUCAAGACUUUCUCCUGAAGGCAUCAAAGAAGAACUGAAACAUGAGAGAACAGUUCAUACGUUCUCACUCUUAGAGUUAGAUGGGACAAGUGUCAGACUUGGAGAAAGAGUCUACUGUAGCAGUUCUGCUUUCUUCAUGGAGAAGCCAAGCAUACAUAGCAGUCCAGUUGAGAGCAAGGAAUUUUUUGCUGGCAUUAAGAUACAUCCAGAAGCGUAUGAUAUAUCAGAAGAUGGCAAGGAAUACAGACUGUCAAUAGAAAGCAGAAUCCCUGUUCCUUGUCCCGAAUUUAACCAGGUUGAAAGUGACUGCAGAAUAUCACUAAGAUUGAAUACUGUUGAUGAAGGUAAAGAACAACUAGGUUUAAACUUGGCUCUUUCUUCUUGUCAUGUGGAUCUUCUCCAGAAACCCUGUAGAAAUGGAAUCUGUAGUCAAGCAAUAAUUUACUUCACUGCUGUGACAGACUUUAUGCAGGACGGAGACAGAAUUACCAGAAUUACAGUCGAACCAAUAUCCAGUGAGAAUUUCCUGUGGAAUGGCUAUGUUCCAGAAAGCGCAAAGAUUACUGUAAAGGAUCUACCGACUGCAUACUGCUACUCAUUUACUGACCCUCAUAUAAUAACGUUUGAUGGAAGACUCUAUGACAAUUUUAAAACAGGAACAUUUGUUCUCUAUAAGAGUACAGCUCGAGAUUUUGAAGUUCAUGUUCGCCAGUGGGAUUGUGGAAGUCUUCAAUAUCCAGCAUCCUGUAACUGUGGCUUUGUUGCCAAAGAAGGAAGUGAUAUAAUUGCAUAUGAUAUGUGCAGUAGUCAGCUACAUGAGUCACAGCCAUACUUAUCCAUAAUAAGUAGAGACACAACAGGAAGCAACGUCAGAAUCACUGAAUCCUACCUAGGAAGAAAAGUAACAGUUUUGUUUUCUUCUGGAGCUUUCAUUCGUGCUGAUAUGAGUGAAUGGGGAAUGAGCAUAACACUUAGGGUGCCCAGUUCAGAUUACAGAAAUACAAUGGGGCUCUGUGGCACCUUCGAUGGAAUUGCAGAGAAUGACUUUCACACUGCCAAUGGUGUGGAAAUUCCAAACAAUUCUGAUGCUCUUCUUUUGUUUAUAAAGGAAUGGAGAAUUCCACCAGGAGGUAGCUUGUUUGACAAGACACCUUCUUCAUUACCAUCUUCUAGGAAAACAAAUUUCUGUGACUGCACAUUUGAAGAUGUUGGGUUAGAUCCAUCAGUACAUAAACUAAAGGCAGUUUCUAAAUCGGAACUUCCCCUGUCUUGUAAAGACAGUGAAAAUGGUAGAUUUCUUUCUUUGAUACCUGGACUGGAUGUCACUGCUGAGUAUCUCAGCCCUAUUGAUCUUGUCAAAGGCUUAAACAAACAUUCAUCUGUACAUGAAAUGGAUUCUGCUGCACUUCUGGAAAAGGAGGAUAAUCAAACCAAACUUCACAAAUCAUCAUUAGUAAAGCCACAUGUCUCUGCAACCUCAAAAAUAAGUUCUGGUAUGGAAAAAGAAAGAACUUCAAGCUCAGACAUUAAAAGAAUUUCUGAUGGCUACAGUAAUCAGAAAAGUCAAUCUGCUACAAAUAGAAGGAAGCGCCAAAGUUAUUACAAAUAUCAUCCAGUAUUUCUAUUCCAAAAUCUAAGCCAAAUGGAUUUAGAGGCAUAUAGGUACUUUUUCCCAGAGGACCACACCACUGACAAAGACAAGAAGUUUCUUCCUUCUUGGCCCACACCUUCUGGCCUCACUGAGUCCAGUGCUCUGAGACUGUGCCAGCAGGCAAUAGCCAAUUCCAGUAUAGGAAGAGCUUGUGGUGGCCUUCUUGGUAGGAGAAUGGAAGAUGCAAUCAGUAUCUGUGUUAAAGAUUUACUGUUGAAAGAUGACCUCAGAUGGGCAGAAGCUUCAUUAGCUCUUUUAGAGAAUGAAUGUGAGAAGAGAGUUUUAGAAGAAAUAAACUACAGUCAACAGGAACUUCAGGGGUUUGUUGAGAACCUGCUUACUGCACUGAAGUGUCCCAGUCUGUGCAGUGGUAAUGGAGAAUGUACAGAAUGGGGUUGUGCAUGCUUUCAAGGCUAUGGUUCAUACGACUGCAGUAUACUGUCUGACCAACCUCCAGAAAUAAUAGAGCUGGAAAAUGCUGGGCUAUGUGAUAUUCGUCAGUAUGACUGCACGUCAGUGAGGGCUUUUGGACAUGGCUUCAGAGAGUCAUCGAAUCUGAAGUGUGAAAUUAUCAGAUUGCAAUAUACUGAUAACCAGUGGAUUCCUGGAGAGCCUCUAAUUAUGUCAGCUGCCUUCCAAAAUGUCAGGACUGUCGACUGCGAGUUACCGAAUAAUGGCCCACAGUCUGAUGUCAUGGAUCUGGUUGAUGAUAAACCCAUUGCCUGGUGGAAAAUAAAGAUUUCUAAUGAUGGAUUAACUUACAGCAAUUCUAAAACAAUGAUAAUAUACGAUGGAGCCUGUCAGAUAUGUGAACUACAGGAAUCUGGAUUAUGUGCACUAAAGGAGAAAACAUGCAAUAUAGAUGGACUCUGUUACGGUGAAGGUGACACGAAUCCAACCAGCCCUUGCUUACUCUGCAGACCCGACACAUCAAGGUUAAGUUGGUCAGUUGUUGAAAACAACCAGCCUCCUGUGCUUGAAACUUUUCAGGGUAUGCUACAGACUUUUUAUGGAGAAGAUUUUGUAUAUCAGUUUUUGGCUUCAGAUCCAGAGGGCUCUGCUAUUCUUUUCACAUUGGAGUCUGGUCCUGAAGGUGCCAGUCUUUCCCCAUCAGGUCUCCUUUUGUGGAAAGCUGUGUCAAAGAAUCCCCAUAAAUUAACAUUUUCUUUGACAGAUGACUGCAAUGCGGAGACUAAGGUAGAAAUAGAGAUCAGAGUAAAUUCAUGUGAUUGCCUGAAUAAUGGCUCAUGUGUGACAAACAUUAAUUUCCCACCUGGAAGUGGGAGAUACCUUUGUGUGUGUGUGGCUGGAUUUGAAGGUGAUCUCUGUCAAGUGAAUACUGAUGACUGCAAACUCAACCAGUGUGGUACUGGCAAAUGUGUAGAUGGAAUAAACAGCUAUUACUGCGAAUGCCCACCUGAACUUCAAGGUGAAAAUUGUCAAGAAGAUAUAGAUGAAUGUGCAUCCAACCCUUGCUUCCCUGGAGUAUUUUGCUUCAAUACUUUUGGUUCUUACUAUUGUGGUUCAUGCCCAAAAAAUCUACAUGGAGAUGGGAAGUCAUGCUACGAAACCUUUGACGACAUUUACGUUAAAAGAAAAGAUUUCAUAGGGGAAGCUGGAGAGAAUAAAGGUUUUGAACAGUCAUCAUUUGACAAGGUCUUGAGCUCUGUUCCCAGUUCUAUAGAUGUCCCCCGAAGAUUUAUUUCUAUAGAAAUGGACAAUACUAGUACUCCAUCACUCUCCAGACCAAAAACAAUCACCACUGAGAAGUCAUAUAAUUCUCAGAGAAGUGCUUCUGUACAACCAGAUGUAUCUGAAAACAUUGCUCAUGCUGUUGGUAGCAGUAGUGGACACCUUACUGACACAGAAGGGGCUUCUCCAGAAAACACAGUGAUUACAGCUUCUUCAAGGAGCCAUGCUGUAUCAGCUGAGAAGAAAACAAGGACACAAGUUGAGGCCUACAGUCAUUGGGAGACUGGCAAGAAGGCUUCUCUUAGCAGUUCAAUGAAUACAAGCAAAGGGCUUUCUUCGUCACACAAAAUAUUUAAAGGUGGAAAUGCUCACAGAGUUCAGCACUUGUUAGCCAAGCGUAGAAUGAAUCCUUUACUUUUUGCUCUUGCUGAAGUGACUAUCCCACCAGAAAUGCUUCCUGAAGAUUCAGAUGAAAUAGUACUUCCUAAAGCAAUAACCUGUGCUGAACUACCUUGUUUUCCUGGAGUACCUUGUGAGCCAAGUCAGGAUGAUGGAGUCAAGUGUGGUCGUUGUCCCUAUGGUUACUAUGGAGAUGGCUUCAAUUGUAGAGCAAUAUGUAGACAAACAUGUGGCAAAAAUAUGGAGUGUGUGGAACCAAAUAUUUGCAAAUGCAAGCCUGGUUAUGCUGGUUAUAACUGCCAGACAGCACUAUGCAGACCUGAUUGUAAAAACCAUGGAAAAUGCAUUAAGCCCAAUGUCUGUGAAUGUCUACCAGGUUACAGCGGCUCCACUUGUGAAGAAGCACACUGUAAACCACCCUGUAAAAAUGGAGGCACAUGCUUGGCCGGAAAUCUCUGUACCUGCCCCUAUGGUUUUGUAGGACCAAGAUGUGAUACAAUGAUUUGCAACAGGCACUGUGAAAAUGGUGGUGAAUGUCUCACUCCAGACAUCUGCCAGUGUAGAUCUGGAUGGUACGGACCAACGUGCAGUACAGCGAUGUGUGACCCUGUAUGUCGCAAUGGUGGCUCCUGUACUAAGCCAGGUGUAUGCCUCUGUCCACAUGGAUUUUAUGGAACCCAAUGUCAGAAUGCUGUCUGCAGGCCGCCUUGCAAGAAUGGUGGCCACUGUAUGAGAAACAACAUUUGUACUUGUCCUGAUGGUUAUACAGGCAGAAGAUGUGAAAAAAGUGUCUGUGAGCCAAGGUGCAUGAAUGGAGGAAGGUGUGUAGGGCCCAAUGUUUGCUCUUGUCCUUCAGGGUGGAGUGGAAAAAAAUGUAACACACCAGUCUGUCUUCAGGAAUGUAAGAACGGUGGAGAGUGCAUUGGACCCAGUACAUGUCAUUGUCCUCCGCAGUGGGAAGGAAUCCAGUGUCAAACACCUGUGUGCAAUCAGAAGUGCCUGUUUGGAGGCAAGUGUGUGUCACCUAAUGUGUGCUCCUGCCGUCCUGGUUAUACUGGAGUCCUCUGUGGGAAGAAAGUUCAGGUACAGAGACAUCGUAAUUGAAGAAAGGAAGUAUAUCAAUUAAACGCUGCAUGGAUCUGUGACACUUGAAAA